GUUAAUUGUCUUGAUUAUUUUUCAUAUAAUCGAUACCUAGGUUCUAAUCUUCUUGAGCGAGUCUAAUACAGUAAUACUACAUAGGAUACCAAACUGUGUAUCCCUUGAAUAGGAGACAGACUGACCAAAAAUCUCCCCAUCUCCAUCUACUUCCCAAUAAUUGAUGCUAGAGCUUCUCAAUAUCCUCAAUUUUCACCCAUUGAUUAUCUCUAAAUCCUUUAUUUUAGGCACCUAAUACGAUUUCCUACAUAUAAUUAUUGAUAGAAAAAAGGAGGCAAUCCUUUUCUAACCGUGAUUAACAUUGCUGAACUAAUCUUACCUUGUCACCUUUCAAUACCAUUACCAAACUACCCUCCCCAACUCAUAAUUUGCCAUUACCCUUUCAAACAAGCACAAUGCACCAAAAAAUACUAGUUUUUAUUUCCUCAAACUAGUUCCUAUUAGCAAACGCAAAUUUCGCUAGGAAGAAAAAUUUCUUAUGUUAACCAAUACUUAUCAAUUGUAUCACUAUACUGAUGUAAUAGUGAUCAGGUGCAUAUUGAUAUUGUUGGAUCUGUCUUUCCACAUAUUCUAGAAGAUAAAUGAAAAUCGAAAAACACAAACAAAACUUUAAUCCAUCUAACUCCAAUUGGCAAAACAAAAGAAGAAGAGAUGUGGUAGAUCAGGAUCAAGAUCCCAAUGGCACUUGUGAAGUAUUAUAUUAAAAGGGUAAAGUAAGUAAAACCCCUGAAAUCAAGUCAAGUAUGAUUGGUAAAAAAAAUCAAUGCUUUACAAAUAGAAUGAGGACAAAAAAAGAAAAACCAACAUUCAUCUGGUUGUCUCCUUCCCAUUUCCAGCUCACACCUUUUUCCCUCCAUAAUUCUCACACAAAAAUGAAUAAUAAUAAUUAUUAUUAAAAUAAAAAAAUAAAAAAAAAACAAUCCCCAUCACAAUCUCAAGUAUCUCAUCUUCUUCCUAACACAAACACCUACAAAACCCCUCUCCUUUCCAAUUUCCAUUCAUCUCUUCUUAGUUCUUACCCCUCCUCUUCCUUCCAAUUCUCCCACCUCCCAAAAGCCCAACUAGGCGGCCCACUAGCCAUCCUAGCAAAAUGAGAGAAAUCCUCCACAUCCAAGCCGGCCAAUGCGGGAACCAGAUCGGCGGCAAGUUCUGGGAAGUGGUGUGCGAUGAACACGGCAUUGAUCCCUCCGGGAAAUACGUCGGCGACUCCCGGGUCCAGCUCGAGAGGGUCAACGUCUACUACAACGAAGCCAGCGGCGGCCGCUACGUCCCACGGGCCGUCCUCCUGGACCUCGAGCCCGGCACCAUGGACAGCCUCCGGACCGGCCCAUACGGCAAGAUCUUCAGGCCCGACAACUUCGUCUUCGGCCAGAACGGCGCCGGCAACAACUGGGCCAAAGGCCACUACACCGAGGGCGCUGAGCUCAUCGACUCUGUUCUCGAUGUCGUCCGCAAGGAAGCCGAGAAUUGUGAUUGCCUCCAAGGGUUUCAGGUGUGCCAUUCGCUGGGAGGAGGGACGGGAUCUGGGAUGGGGACAUUGUUGAUCUCCAAGAUCAGGGAAGAGUACCCAGAUCGAAUGAUGCUGACCUUCUCCGUCUUCCCGUCGCCGAAAGUCUCCGACACCGUGGUGGAGCCUUACAAUGCCACUCUCUCUGUUCAUCAGCUGGUUGAGAAUGCCGAUGAGUGUAUGGUGCUUGACAACGAAGCUCUGUACGAUAUCUGCUUCAGAACCCUCAAGCUCACUAACCCUAGCUUCGGAGAUCUGAACCACCUGAUAUCAACGACGAUGAGCGGGGUGACCUGCUGCCUCCGCUUCCCGGGGCAAUUGAACUCCGACCUCCGCAAGCUGGCCGUGAACCUGAUCCCGUUCCCGCGGCUGCACUUCUUCAUGGUCGGAUUCGCUCCGUUGACCUCCCGCGGCUCCCAGCAGUACCGCGCCUUGACCAUCCCGGAGCUGACUCAGCAGAUGUGGGACUCCAAGAACAUGAUGUGCGCCGCCGAUCCGCGCCACGGCCGGUACCUGACCGCCUCGGCGAUGUUCCGCGGCAAGAUGAGCACGAAGGAGGUGGACGAGCAGAUGAUCAAUGUGCAGAACAAGAACUCGUCCUACUUCGUCGAGUGGAUCCCUAACAACGUGAAAUCGAGCGUCUGCGACAUCCCGCCGACGGGGCUGUCGAUGUCGUCGACGUUUAUGGGGAACUCGACGAGUAUUCAGGAGAUGUUCCGCCGGGUGUCGGAACAGUUCACGGUGAUGUUCAGGAGGAAGGCGUUUUUGCAUUGGUAUACAGGGGAAGGGAUGGAUGAGAUGGAGUUCACGGAGGCGGAGAGUAACAUGAAUGAUUUGGUGUCGGAGUAUCAGCAGUACCAGGAUGCGGCGGCGGACGGGGAUGAGCUUGAGGAGGAGGAAGAGGAGGGGGAGUAUGAUGCCUGAGAAUGAGGACUCCGGCGGCGACGGCGGGAUGAGGGGUUUUGAAAUGGGGAUUUAUUAUUUUUGUGUUUGGGGUUUUGUGUUUGGGGAUGUGGAAAAUAAAAAAAGAAAAGGUGUUUUCUUUUUGUUUCUUUUUUCUCCCUGUUUUUUUAUUUGUUUUUUCUUUUUUGAGAUCUGUUUGUGAAAUGCUCCUGUGAAUUUGUGAUAUAAUUGAUUAAAUUAUAUUUAUUUUUGUGUAAACUUUGUGAAAAUUAUCCAAGAGAAAUCGAAUCCAAGGAGAGUUAGAGAGAGAGAGAGAAAAAAAAGAACGUAACAACUUUUCCCGCUAGAUCGGCCUUCCGCCAUUGGUGGUUCCCGACUCUCAUUGUCUAUGUUUCCCUCAUCGUUUCGGCCUCCAGUCGGCGGCGCUCCUCGUAGUCGGAUUUCUUUUUUCUUUCUUUGAUUUCUUGAUAUUCUCACGCUCUGCAUGGCUGCAUCUGCUGAAGCAGGGAAAUCGUGGGCAGAUCUUUUCACGAUCGACGAAAGCUGCAGACUUCACUAUGACGAACCAGAUCUUGUUGAUGGUGCUCUUCGUCUUCCGAAGGCCUUGUUGGAUAAGGGUGCUGCUCGCCGGCAAAACUGUUUGGUAGGUCAAUUUAUCUCUGCCCCGCCAUCUCUCGUAGUCAUUAGAAAUGGGGCGAACAAGCUUUGGGGUAGAGAUGGGAAAAUUAGGGUUCCCUGGUUUGGAGAUAAGUUCUUAGUGUUUCAAUUCCCGAAUGCUUCGACCUGUUCCUGGGUCUUUCGUGGAGGUCCAUGGCAUCUUUGGGGGAAUAAUCUGUUCUUAAAAAAAUGGGAAAAAUGGAUUCUGCCAGUAGCUCCUGAGAAGCCUGCCCUUCCGGUUUGGGUGAAGAUCUCGGGUUUACCAACGGAAUGUCUAUUACCAGAAUGUUUGAGCAAGGUGGUUAAUAUGAUUGGCAGGUCGUUCUGUUCCCAGAUUACAAAAGUGUCUGAUCAACUAGGGUUUGCGAAAUGUUGUAUUGAGAUUACCGUGGAGUCAAAGUAUCCAGAGGUUUUACGGUUUGUCAUGGAUGAAGGUUCCCCUUUCUCAACUAAAGUUGAGUACUUCAAUCUGCCCCCUGUCUGUCAGAAAUGUAGCCGGUUUGGUCAUGAUUGUAGCAAGGAGGAAGUAGCAGUGCGGAGAGUGUGGGUUCCAAAGGCAAAAUAGCAGGAAAUUCCUCAAGUUUCUGCUCAUAAAGAGGCAGAGAAUGUGCAACACAAGGAGACUGAGAUAAAGGGUGAUCUUCAACAACAUAAUGAGGAGGAGGGUAUGAGGCUUGGAGUGUCACUGAGGGAUAUUGCAGAGGAAGUGGUAGGUACUGAAGGAUGUCUGGUGGAAGAAUUACAGGAGCAGGUGGUUGAUAAGAAUACAGUGCAAGGGCAGGUUGCAGAUCAGUUGCCAUUAGAGGAAGAAUUUCAAGAAGUAAUUCAGGGGAGAAGGAGUGUCAGCCCUGAUGUGGCUGCUAAACUCUCCAAAGGGGGUUUGAUCCAUUCCAUGUAGGAUUUGACUACAUUACCAGUGGAAGGGGCAUGAAGGCUAGGUGUGUGGGAAGGUCUUCUAAAAAAAGAUAUUAGUAGCU